AUGUAUAUAGAGCUUGUGUGGAUGGCAUUUGCCUCCACAGCAGCAGCGGGAAUUCUCCCAUUGCUGCCAGAGCCAACGGAGUUGUUCGCUCCUGAUAAUGGUCUGCUGGAUUUGCCGCCCAAGCCUAUAUCGGCUCUUGGGGCAGCAAUGUUGCAGUUUCUCUUUACACAAUCGAAUACGCCAGGAACAGCUAAUACGCAAGCUGCAUCUUUACCUGCAACCCUGUCAACUACCGCUAGUAGUAGUACUACUACACCACCAAGUGUUUCUUCGUCGAGUCCAUCGUCAUCGAACAAUCAGGGCUCAAUGGCUAGUAGUGCAUUCGCUACUAGUGGAAGUACGACUGCUAGCUCUUCAGCUAGUACAUCAACUAGUGGCACUGCUUUAGAUCAGAAUUACUGUGCUGGUCAAUCAAAUCAGCAACCGACAGGAUACUGGCUGCAGGCACAGGAUCAUACCAGUGAUGCACGUGGAUAUGCACCCUAUGCCCAGGGGAAUAUUCAAUACCCUGUUUAUCGAGUCGUUACACAGUACGGCGCAAAAAACGAUGGCAGCGGAGACCAAACAUUAGCUAUACAAAACGCCAUCAACACUGACGGUGUAGGAGGUACUCGCGAAGGGAAAGGCAGCACAAAUAUGCCCGCUGAAGUAUUUCUCCCAGGGGGUGUGUACACCCUUGGAUCUACUCUUACCCUACGUCUAGGAACAAUCAUCGUGGGAGAUCCAUUGAAUAGGCCAAUAAUAAAGGCGAGUCCUAACUUCAUCGGGAAUACUCUUGUAAAUGGCCAGGAUCCUAUUACUGGACAUCCCGAAACUGUCUUCAUGGUAGCCAUGCGAAAUGUUAUCCUAGACACAACGGCCAUCGACCCAUCAUAUCCUUUUACAGCUUUGCAAUGGGGGAUUGCUCAGGGGUGUUCACUGAGCAAUGUUGAGAUUAAUAUGCCACAGGGAUCUACUGCGCAUAUUGGAAUACAUAUGAACGGCGGAUCAACCAUUGCCGUCACAGACGCUACAAUCAGCGGGGGCGGUAUCGGUAUCCAAGAUUCCAACCAGCAAGUCAACUUCAAGAACAUUCACUUCAACGGUUGCCGGACAGGAUUUGCAGCUACUGGAGGCUUUACAGUUGUUCUCCAAGCCGCCACCUUUGAAAACUGCGGUCUUGGAAUUGACAUGACCAAGAAUUCUCUUGGAUCAAUGGUAGUCUUGGAUUCUACAUCAAUCAAUACGAAUACUCUAGUGAAGUUUCAUGAUUCUGCAAACGAUCCUGGGAAAAGGAACAGUCAGAUCGUCAUUGAGAAUUUGACCAACAAUGGACAAUAUCCCAUCGCAGUUACAUCGGACGGAAGAACAGUGCUCAACGCCCAAACCCAUGUCGAUACUUGGAUAUACGGAAACGAUAUCCCGGGAUCUUUUGUGGCUGGCGAAACUACGUACACCUCUCGACCAAGUGCGCUUUUGGAUGGAAAUGGGCGUUAUGUGAUUCGCAAGCAACCAGAUUACGCUGAUUACCCAGCAGACAGGAUUGUGAAUGUGAAAAAGGUGCCGGGUUUCAUUGUCAGAGGGGAUGGCGUAACUGAUGACGCGACAAGUCUGAAUGCUAUUCUACGUGAGAAUGCAGCAAAUUGUCGAGUAACAUAUUUUCCGUAUGGUGUUUACAUCCUACGUGACACACUGUUUAUUCCACCCGGUAGCAAGAUCGUUGGUGAAGGGUGGGCGGUCCUAUCUGGAGCAGGAGGCGCGUUCGCAGAUCCUUGGAAUCCGCGUGCAGUUGUCAAGGUCGGAUAUCCAGGAGACGUUGGAGUCACUGAGAUCCAAAACAUGCGAUUCACCGUUGCCGAAGUUCUGCCUGGCGCGAAGCUAUUGGAAAUCAACAUGGCAGGUGCCAAUCCAGGAGACGUCGGGUUGUGGAAUACCUUGACCACACUUGGUGGAACAGCAGACACCACCAUCUCAACCAGUUGCGUCAGUCAAGACACCCGCACCUGCAUGGCAGCGUUCAUGCACGUCCAUCUCUCAGAAACAUCAUCAGCCUACAUCGAAAACCACUGGGGCUGGACAGCAGACCACAACCUCGACGGCGGGCCCUCCGCAAUCAUCGUCUCCGGCGGCCGUGGCAUCUUGAUUGAAUCCACGAAGGCUACAUGGCUCAUAGGCACAAGUUUUGAACACAACUGGCUAUACCAAUACAACAUCCACUCCGCCAAAAACGUGUAUGCGGGAAUGAUGCAAACCGAAACACCCUACAUGCAGGGUCAAGGAGCAAUAGAAACCGUCCCAUCUCCCUGGACUAUAUCAAACCAAUACCACGACCCGGACUACUCCUGGUGCGCUGUUGGGGACCAACAUUGUCGCUCUGCACUAUCUACGAAUGUUGACGGAGGAUCAAAUAUCAUGCUCUACGGCUCGGCAGCAUGGACAUUUUUCGAAGGACCCUGGAACGGUCUAUACAAUACCCCCUGUGCCAGCGGCAUAUGUCAAAGUAACAUGAUACGUGUAACCAACAAUCCGCGUAAUCUGGCGUGGUAUUCGAUCAGUACAAAGUCGAGCGAUGUUAUGGUGUCAGAUGGGUAUUCUGACCCAAGGGAGUUUAAUAACCCUGGUGGAUGGUCGGGAGUGAUUCAGGCUUACCGCCAGUUUACUUAG